GUGUGUGUGUGUGUGUGUGUGUGUGUGUGUGUGUGUGUGUGCUGACAUGAACCAUCUGUGAUGACAUUCAGUUGGCUGACUGGUGUAGCUGGGAGGACAGAGUGAGGAGAGCUAAAGAGAAAAAGAAACUCCAAGAGCAACAAAGACUAAAGCAGGAUUUAUUAAACAAGUCAAGAGAAGAGAAAGUGAAACUCAGAGACAAGGUGAGAUUGUUUUAGCAAGGACGUACAGAGACAGUUUGACCGACUGAAAUGGAAUCAAAUAGACUGAGACAAACUUGGGAUUAUCAGUAACGGAUCAUCUAAAGUGGAGUUUCUCAAACAUGGACUAGUCUGGGAGUCUGCACAUACAUACCCACACACAACACACACACACACACACACACACACACACACACACACACACACAUACACUUUCUACUCACACAUACACACCUUUGGUUUCCUGUUGUGAGCCGUCUUAGCAGUGGACAGCAUGCAGGAGUCUCCGGGUGCCAUGGGGGUAGAUGGCAGCUAUGCCAGCAAUGUUCCAGCCUUUCUCACCAAACUGUGGACCCUGGUGGAGGAUCCAGACACCAACCACCUCAUCUGCUGGAGUGCUACUGGGACAAGUUUCCAUGUGUUUGACCAGGGACGCUUUGCCAAGGAAGUUUUGCCAAAGUACUUCAAACACAAUAAUAUGGCGAGCUUUGUUCGACAGCUCAACAUGUAUGGUUUCCGUAAAGUGGUGAACAUUGAGCAGAGCGGUCUGGUGAAGCCUGAGAGAGACGACACAGAGUUCCAACAUUUAUACUUCCUUCAGGGACAUGAACACAUGCUUGAGCACAUCAAGAGGAAGGUAUCUAUAGUGAAAAGUGAGGAGACCAAAGUUCGUCAGGAGGACCUCAGUAAACUGCUGUAUGAAGUCCAGCUUCUCAGAACACAACAGGACAACAUGGAAUGUCAGAUGCAGGACAUGAAACAACAGAAUGAAGUGCUGUGGAGAGAGGUGGUCUCACUGAGACAGAAUCACACACAGCAACAGAAAGUCAUGAACAAGCUGAUUCAGUUUCUGUUCAGCCAGAUGCAGUCCAACACACCCAGCACUGUGGGCCUAAAGAGAAAGCUGCCUCUGAUGUUGGACGACGGCUCUCCCAGCCCUCCCGCCUCCAAGUUCAGCCAUAGUCACCCAAUGGAGUCCAUGCACGAACCUUUCUACAUCCAGUCGCCAUCCAGUGAUACUGCUUCUUGCUCUACUAGUGGGCUGACAGGAGGACCAAUUAUCUCAGAUGUUACUGACAUGUCUCAGGCCAGUAUGGCCCUUCAGAUGCAGCCUGAUGAGACCAGGGAGAAGUGUAUGAUGCUUAUCAAAGAGGAGCCUGUGAGUCCAGGAGUGAGAGGAGGAGGGAAAGGAGGCAGUGUAGGGGGAGGAGAGGCUGUAGCGUUGACCUCCUCCUGUGAGGUGUGCUCCUCAGAACCUCCUGUCCUUCCCGUCGCAAUGGUCCAGUCUGUCCUGGAGGGGAGGGGCUCUGUGGCUUCUAUGGUGGAGCGGAGGAGUAAGAGACCUGCCCUGGACCGAGUGGAGGUUUCAGAUGCAGUGGAGAAUGUGGAUAUGAGCCUGGAGGAGCUGCAGCAGCUGCUGCUCAGGAGCCAUCAGCAGAGUACUGUGGAAGCUGGGACCAGCGCUGUUAUGGAUCCCUUCAGUUUAAGCCUGCCUCUGACUGAGUGGAACUUCACAGAGAUGGAGUCCAACCUCAAAUCAUACAUGUUCCAGAACCAGGAAGCAGAAGCUUUUCCAGCUGCUGGAUGUGAGGAACAGUGAUCGAUCUGUGCUGUGGACUGUCCUUUCUGAAGUGAAAGGCCACAGAAGCUGCUGUUCCCCUCAUUAUUCCACUCUGCAUGGGUUCGAUCCCACAGCCCUGCCAGGCUGUUUCUUACGCGUGGCUUUACUUUCUUUCUUUCGUUCCAUUCACAUACCUACAAAGUGCAGCAAUGAAGAAGUCUGCAUGCUUAUAUUUCCUGGCCAGUUGACUGCCAUUGGGCCUGUCAGCCACCAGCUCUGUGGGCAUGAGGAAAUAUAUAUACAUAUAUCUAAACUCCAAUAUUAUGCCAGCUGGAUGCAGGCGGUGCAUUCUUGGCUCCAGCACUUUAGUCUUUGUGUGAGAGGGAGUUCCUGCCUGUGAAAGUGACUUUUUCUUCCUCUAUUGUAUAAAGAAUCUAUUACGGAUGUACAAAUGAAUAUUUUUAUUAUUUUAUCCUUCCUACAAAAAUACUGUAUUUGUAUCCAAGAGAAAACUUAAAGCAAAAAAAAAAAAAAAAAAGUCACUGUGAAAAACCAUCUUGGGGGGGACAAUGUAGCAUACUGUAUAUUACAAGUUAUGUGAAUUUUGUCAGUCUGUGUAAGGUUGUUGACGAUGUAAAGGCUCCUCAUAUAUUUCAUGCAUUUCAGAUCAUGAUAAAUGUGUUGAGAUAGAUCAGAGGUGAGUAAGCCUUCUAUGAUAUGAAAGGUUCCUUUAGCAAAAAUGUGGAGGAGGUUUUACACACUGAAGCACCCAUCUAAUGUAUCUUUGCACAGGCCUGACAUGUAGCUGGAGACUUAGAGUUAUUUCUCUUCUGUCCAUUUAAAUGUGAAGUUUCAAGGAAAUAUUAAAAGAUAGACUUCUCAUUUGACAAAACCAUGAACACCACUGCAUUUUUGCACAAUCUGUAUCACUAGUUAUAUAGAGUUAUGACAACAGGUCAUUUAUUUUCUGUUUGUAGAUGACCAACACUUUGUUGCUCUACACAUGCAUGUCUAAAAGAGAUACUGGCCUCAAUAACAGGGGUUUCAAAAAUCCAAAAGCAAAAUUUAGCCUUGGAGACACGGUGUCUCUGAAUGUUACUACUGUUUUUAACUGGCCACACGUUAAGUUAAACCUUGAGUGUGCAUAGAACAUAGAAACCCUAAUAGAGAGUCAAGACAGUGGGAUGCUGCUUUUCAUACUCUGUAAAAAAGUUAAAAAAAUUAAAAAGAUAGAAUACUCAGUACCCAGGAGCCAGUCUUUAAAAAGAUUUUGUUAUGGUUGACUGCGUUUCAGUAAAUGCUUGGUGGGGUGGUUACUUGAGAAUUUAAUCUGUUAUAGAACCAUGAAUACCUGCUUGAAGAAAUGCAUAUUAAUUUUCUGUAUUACUAAAGAUAAUGAAUAACCAUUGGAUGUAAAAUAUUAGUCCUCAGCACUGGUUGCAGGCAACAGUUUAAUGGUUAACUUGAUGCUGAAAAUUCUUCUGGGAAACCUCCAGGAGAUGAGUUGAAUCGUGCAAUACUGUACAGAACUGUGAGAACUCACAAAAUUGCAAUACAUGGAUGACCAUAGGAAUGUAGGAAACAGCAACUGUGAGUGGUGGACUGGAAGACACCAUAGUAAGAUGCACUGCAGAAGGAUAAUGUUAGCCUGUGAAUCUUAAAGCCCUGCUAGCUCUUCAUGCUGAGUCGGACCAAAGCUUCAGCCUGUAGUUUCAGCAGCCCAGUCGCCAGAAGAAAAUGUUGACAUUGUAUAUUUUUGCAAACCAUGAGUAUGUUACAUUUGCACAUUUCAUACAUAUCAUAUCAACAUUUCAAAAGUGAUGUAGUAUAGCAGCUGGUGGAUGACGUGACACCUAGGCGAGACACCUAUCGAGCUGCAGACCACUGUUCGAGACCAACUGGUUGUAAUUUAGUAAGCUGUCACUGUUUUUCCAGCGGCUUUUAGGCACAAAAAGCAAAUGCUUUUUCCGAGACAUAGUUGCUUUUCCUGCCUGAAAUGUAGUUGUUUUUUUUACAGAGACACUGCUGGUUUUCCUGCAGGGAUAUUAGCACAAUAACAGCUGUCUUUUGCUGAGACAUCACUGCUUUUCCUGCAGAGAAUGAAAAGCAGUUGUUUCUUUACCGAGACAUCGUCACUUUUCCUGCCCAGACAAUGGCACAAAGUUGUUUUUGCUAAGACGUUGCUGCUUUUUCCUGUGGGAUAGUGACAUGAAAAGUGAUUGUUUGUUACCAAGACACCACCAUUUUCCUGCCAGAAAAAAAGCAGCUGUUUUUUUUUGUUUUACAGACAUAGCUGCUUUUACCGCAGGGAUGGUGGCAUAAAAAGUGGAGGUUAUCGUUGAGAAAUCAUUGUUUACCUGCUGGGAUAGUGGCACCAAAGGCAAUUGUUUUUAGACAGACAACACUGCUUCUUCUGCUGGGAUAGAAGCACAAAAAGUAGAUGUUUUUUGUUGAGAUAUCACUGAUUUUUCUAUUGGGAUUGUGCCCCCCAGAAUGCUCAUUUGAAGCCAAAACAUGAUCUUUUCCUAACCAUUAUUCCAGUGGUUUUUGUGCCUAAAUGUAACCACAUGUUUACCACAGCCUUGUUGAAAUGAAAAAUGUCAAUAUAUGUGCAACACAAUAACAUGCAAAUGCAACAUAUCUGUGGUUUGCAGGAAUGUAAAAAGCCAACAUUUUUGGGGGACUGGGUUGGUUUCAGUUCAGUUUUGAGGAGGCGCACGUUAGCUACAACUUAGCCUGCUGCAAGUCUAUGCGUGUAGCCCCACUGUAACCGCAACCCCUUAUAGCUGAAUGCCUUCUUGCACAAAAUAGCUGGACACUUUGGGAAUCUAAAAGCCCUGCUAGCUCUUUACACCCAGUCAAUCCAUGCAGAUUUGAACUAGCUUAACAACCAGCCAACCAGCAACUGUAUUUUCAGAACUACACUCUGCUGCUAGCAAGGCCAAAAAUUGGUAGCGAUUUGCAUUAGCUUUUAGAAAAGGGCAUGUACAGUGGUACUUGGUACAGUAUGAUUUAGCAAGUUAGAAAAUAACAUAGACAGGAUUGUAACUGAUAUAUUACGGCACUGAGUCAGGAAAAAACGACAGCUGUGUUGAUACUGGGUAGAUUUACCGAGACAUUAAAUUGAAUUUGCCAGAUUAAAAAGCUAAUGCAAACUGUCCCUUGCAGGUUAACAUUUUUGUGUCAGACCCUCCUUCCCUGUGCAACAGGCUGUGGUGUAUAACAAGUGAAAUUGCACUAAAAAUCACAGUUGUAUGAUAUUUGAGAGUAUACAGUACAUUUUAGACAUAGCAUUUAUUCUUGUUCCUCAUGAUAAUAUGAGUGUUGAUGAUUUUUUUUUUCAAGGAGUGAUGAAUACACACAUUCAGUUGCUGUUGUGUUCUUAAUUUAUUCUGUUUUCCAUUUACUCAUUUGCACUGGAAAUGAAUGGAUGUGUGUUCAAAUGACAUUUAUGCUUGUCAGGAUUGCAGAUAGAUAAGGAAGUAUUUUUGUUAACUGAGUGAAAAAGAUCUCCGCUGUAACAAAGCCUGGCAUCCCAAAAGCACUUCUGCACUACUUACAGACAACAACACAUCAGCACAUCAAUACAUUAAGAGAAGAUGGCAAAACCCUUUCUUGUUACAACAAAAUACACCUGCUGUCAAUAAAGUCACACGGGCAGUCUUAGUGCUUAGAUGCUUUUGAAAGCGGGCCACAACCUGCUAAAAAUGUGAAAUGUUUUAAAUAGUUUUUUGCAAAGACUAAAGUGUAUUGUUACAGCGAGUCAAAGAAACUGAACAUGUAUUCCACCUGUGUAUGAAAUAUUUAAGUUGUUAAAACAAAUAAAAGUGAAAGAAAGCAGACUAAAGACAUUUUAA